AUGAAGAAGCUGCCUCUGGAUUGCCCAGCAGAAGACCUUCAGACAGGAGAUGUCAUUUUCUUGGAGACUCCCGUCAAUCCUACAGGUGUCGCUAUGAAUAUCCAAGAUUUUGCUAAUAAGGCACACUCGAGGGGUGCCAUCUUAGUCGUGGAUGCCACGUUUGGCCCUCCAGGACUUCAAGACCCAUUCAUACAUGGUGCCGACAUUGUACUUCAUUCCGGGACCAAAUAUCUUGGAGGGCAUAGUGACAUGCUCUGCGGAGUCGUUGCAACGAAUAAUCGAGAGUGGUAUACACAGUUGAAGAAAGAACGCUUCUUCCUGGGUGGCGUGAUGGGCAGUCUUGAAGGCUGGCUUGGCGUUCGCAGCAUGAGAACUCUUCAUCUUCGAGUUGUGCGACAAAGCGAAUCCACAACAAAAUUGGUUCAAUGGCUCAACACAGCUCUCAAAUCUGAUGAAACCAAUGGGGUGCAAGCGAAAUCGGAAUCGCAAACAAUCAAGGCCACUCUCGCCAGCAUCACCCACGCAUCUCUCCAGGUGGCUGAUCUGGAACAAGGAUGGCUCAAGUCUCAAAUGCCUAACGGCUUUGGACCCGUCUUCUCUAUAUGCCUUAAGUCGAGAAAUAUGGCUAGCAGAUUUCCAAGCAAGUUGAAGCUGUUCUCUCAUUCAACUAGUCUUGGAGGGGUUGAGAGCCUCAUUGAGUGGAGGACAAUGACAGAUCCUGAAGCGGAUCCUAGGCUGCUCCGUGUUAGCAUUGGAGUAGAACACUGGGAGGAUCUUAAGGCUGACAUGUUGCAAGCUUUUCAGGCUGUCCUAGAAGAGGAAAAGGAAUGA